AUGAUGCAACUCGCGGAUCCCUCGGGCGUUCUGCACGAGUCAGAUGAGUCUUCCAUCACUACCAGCAACGAAGCUGCACACAAGAUCGACGACCCGCUGCCGGAUAGAUGUCGGUUGCUCGAGUUACCUCGUGAACUACGCGACAUGAUUUACAAACACACAAUCUCCACGGUCAUCGUCGUAGAUCUUGCUCAUGUAGAUCUCGUACUGCUAAGAGACAAGCUUCGAUUUCGUCAUCGUAGAUAUCUCUUUCGAAAAUCAUACCACCCGCUCAUUGAUCCCAGUCCAAUCGUAACGGCUCGCAGAGCAGCCUGCGAUGCGGAAGGCGCACUACCGAGGACAUGCAAGCAGAUUUCCAUGGAAUGGUCCGAACUACGCCAGAAACCGCAAUCUAUCCGCGUGGAGCAUCAAGUCCUAAACGAAAGAGACAAAGAUGCUAUUGUGAGGGGUCUCUCUGAACUUUCACAAUGUGUUAAGGAUCAUCAAGAGAGACAGCAGGGCAAGCUCGAAAUGCCGGUUGACAUUUACCUGGGAGAGAUUGACUCCCAGAUUGAGGCCUGGUAUCGAGUCUGGCGGCACAUGUUCAAAUCUUUCCUCUCCCGAGUGACAGAUGUCACUGCAUCCUUCGACUUCAAGCUCUCCGCAGGAACCUUUGCUCGUUUCGGUGUGGAGCUUGACAGCCCAGCGAGCAUCGUCAAGAGUAUGCAGGCAGGAUAUACGCGGGAUGGAAGACCAGCUAUCUUGACGGAGAAGGACAUUCGCGGGCUGAAGGUUCUAGCAUGGGCUAUUGCGUUCAGCGUGCACAGCUGUCGGGACAUAGACUGCAUUUGGGAUGCAUGGAAAUCAGGAUCUGAGAAUAUCAAGGGAAAAUACACCACGACAACUUUGCCACUCCAUCUCACCCUCGCGCCAAGACGAGACCAGAGUUCCGUCCCUGUUUUGCGAAGGAGUCGGAAGUUUUGA